CAGAGAGAGAUGAAGAAGGCGCAGUGCUAGAAGAGGAGAGGAGCAGAUCUGAGAGAGUAGGAAACAACGAUCCUCUUCGAGAGAGGAAGGUGGUAGUGACAGAAUAGGAAGAACAGGUUUGAGAGGGAGGGGAAACAACUAUAGUUCAUUAUUCAUUUUCUUUACUCAAAGAACAGCAGAGAGAGGAAACGACGAAGGACUCCAGGGAAGCCAUUGUUACAGAGACCAAGCGAGCUUCUCAGUAAUGGGGGAGUUGGAGCAGCAGCAGCAGCAGCAGCAGCAGCAGCAGCCGGCGGCCGGCGUCGAAUUCAUGGAGGCCACCAGCCCUUUGGACAAGCUUAGAGAAGGAUUCCAGCACUUCAACGAGGAGAUCUACCAGAAGAAGCCGAAGCUCUUCCAGGAACUUUCACGGGGACAGAAGCCUAAGUACAUGAUCAUAGCUUGCUCCGACUCGAGGGUUUGCCCGUCCAACGUGAUGCAGCUGCAGCCCGGUGAUGCCUUCAUGGUCCGGAACAUCGCCAACAUGGUUCCGUCCUACGAUCAGGUCCGAUCGAGCGAGGUGGGAGCAGCUAUCGAGUAUGCAGUCACGCAUCUAAAGGUGCAAAACAUUGUGGUGCUUGGCCAUCGUUCAUGUGGUGGAAUAAAGGGGCUUAUGGCACUUAAAGAUGACGCCACCACCAGCAGUAGCUUUGUCGACAACUGGGUGAAAAUAGGUCUGCCGGCGAAGAAGAAGGUAAAAGAAGCCUACCCCGACCUUGGUGAAGAACUCCAACAUGCCAAAUGUGAAAUGGAAGCCGUGAAUGUAUCGCUUGGAAACCUGCUGACAUACCCCUUUGUGAAGGAACGUGUGGACAACAAGAGUCUGGCCAUCUAUGGUGGAUACUACGAUUUCCUUGAGGGGUCCCUUGAAUUCUGGGGCACCCCUGCCAAGAUCAUAUGAGCAUGACUUAUGGACUUUGGUGCUCCACCCUUCUUAAAAAAGAUGGUCUUGCUACUAGCUAGGAAGUAUUUCACAGGCUCUCUCUCUCUCUCUCUUUGAGUAUGUGAUGAAUAAUGUAUUCCAACAAGACUAUUUUGCUUAUUGCUAGUUUCUGUCAAGAACUAAUGUGAUGACAAAUUCCAGCAUUUUAUCCCCUGAUUACCAUGAAAACCAGUUU